UUAAAGGACACCAACGACGAUGGAUAUACCUUCGAGUGCUUCGUUAUGGUUAUCGAAACGUUUUUUUGUAGCUUUCGUGUUAUUUUUAUGCUUCGUGAAUUUUCAAGUGCUGCGAAAUAACGUCAAUAUCACCGUCGUCGAAAUGACAUCGAAUAAAACCAUCACUCGAGGAAAUCUCACCAUAACGAGUCCACCUGAUUUCAAUUGGGAUUCGAUUACAAUAGGAUUAGUACUGAGUAUACUCGCUUACGGAGGUUUGCUUUCAUUUUUUGGCGGAUUUCUUGUCGACUGGUUAGGUGGUGCUGUCAAUUGCUCGUUAUGCUUAUUUGUAGCAGGCACCAUGACAAUACUCCAUCCGGCAGCUUUGUACCUGGAUUUUCGCCUAUUUUUGGCGUGUCGUUUCGUCACCGGAGUAUUCGAGUCAUUUUUUUAUGUAAGUACCGCCGAUAUAUUUGCACGAUGGUUUCCAAAAAAUGAAAGAUCUACGCUCAUAUCGUUCAGCUUCAACGGGACCAAUGUUGGAGUAGCGGUUGUGUACCCAUUUUGCGGAUAUUUGGCUAAUACUUGGGGUUGGCAAGUCGUAUUUUACGUUACAGGUGGUAUAUCAAUGCUCUCUGCAGUCAUCUGUAUAACUCUGAUCAAGAAUCGGCCAUCACAAGAUAGAUGGAUUUCCAAGAAAGAACUGGAUUACAUACUCGAAGAAACUGAAACUAGUUUAACAGAAAUAACCGAAAUCAACCAUCCGUACAAAAGUAUCUUUACGUCAGGGCCAGUUUGGGCCAUAUGUAUGGUUGUAUUCGCAUACAUGUGGAUAAACACAGUAGUAGGAUCUUGUUUACCUUUGUAUCUCAAAGACAUGACUCAAAAAAGCACCGACGAAAUAGGAUUAAUAACAUCGAUACCAAAUAUUGUUUUCAUUAUCACAUUUCCAAUUGCUGGAGUUUUAAUGAGUUAUUGGGACAAUUGCUCCAAGCUGUCUGUCUCUCGGGUAAGACUGAGAACUACUUGCAAUAUACAUAAAAUAAUGAUGACCUUUGCAUGUGUUACUUCCACUAUCUCUCUUGUAGUGAUUACAUUAAUCACUGAUUUUGCGGUAUCUUUAAUUUCAGUUAUUGUGAUACAGAUUGUGACAUCUUUUAUGGCUUUGAUCAUAGAAAUUGUUCCAGUCAGCUUGCAUGCUGACAGUGGCAGCAUUAUUGUUGGAAUGAUAUCUGUGUUUCUUUCAGUCGGUGCUAUUGUUUCACAAAGUGCUACAAGUCUUAUAGUCACAAAUCAUACUAUGCAAGAAUGGAACGACUGCUUCCUUCUAGCCUCCAGUAUCCUACUCCUUACAGCAGUAAUUUUCGCCAUUUACGGAUCAAGUGAACCCCAAACUUGGACUCCAGCACCAGUCUCUAAUGAUAAUCACAGACCAUCUAUAAUAACUGUUCAUUUCCAAAGCGACUCUGGCAGAACAGCGAUCAGAUCAAUAGGACUCAACAUACGCAGAGUAUCAAUCAACAAUUCCGAAGUGCAGACCAGAAUGCGCAGAUUAUCAUUGAGAACUUCCGACAUGCACGGCAGGUCACGUAAACACAGCCUGGAGCAGCAUAAAGGUGAACGUAAGCUAUCGUUGGGAAACUCAUCGAGCAAAUAUGAGCGUAGAUUGUCAGCCAGUUUGGUGGAAUUCCACCAUGAAGAAUUUAACAAAAGAAAUACAAUCCAUGAGGAGGAAGAAGACGAACAGCAUCAUCACCAACAGCAGGUCAUACUGACGAUUGAAUACGUAAAUACCGCUACCAGUGAAAAUGUCAAAGUGAAGCCAAUCCCAAAAAGUGAGAGCGAACCGUCCUUAGGCAAAUUAGCAAUUGGAGCAGAAUGUCCACGUAAAGGAAGUUUUCCAGGGCCGCCAUCGAUCAAAUACGAACAGUUUUUUGGUAAAGAAUCAGCUCUGCCAAUUAGCAACAAGAAUUUAUUGGAAUGCCCUGGUGGAAAUAAGCGUCGAUUAUCAGCUGGUAUUUUGAAAUUCCCCGAUGAUAAGGAUUCAUCGCGUAAAUCAUCCAUCAAAUCUGUACAGUUUUCUGAUGAUGAACACAGAUCAUCAAUCGGCAAUUCAGAUUGCUCAAAAGACCAAAGUAGAUCUUCAACCCCUGACAAUAAUAAUUCAUCGCGCAAAUCAUCCAUUAAAUCUGUACAGUUUUCUGAUGAUGAACACGGAUCAUCGAUCAGUAGUUCAGGUAGCUCAAAAGAUCAAAGAAGAUCAUCAAUCAAGAGAUCAUCGAUGAGGAAUACACGACAUUAUGAUGAUGGAGAACGAAGCCCAUCCACUAAAAGCGUACAAUUUCAAUAUGAAUAAGCUGAAAUUGCAGAUUUAUAUUACAUAAUUGAGGCGAUCUCAGGGACAAAGAAUACAUUUUUCAAAAAUUAAUUUCAUAAAAGCUUUCAACUUUCAAAUAGUUACAGAGCAUUCAUGGUUUAUAAAAAGCUGGUAAGCUUGAAAAAUCAAUUCGAGGCAGAAGAAGUACCCUGUACCACUGUCAUGUCAAAAUUGUAAAAAAGCAAAGUCGAGUCAAGAAUGGAGUAAGGAGGGUAAAAUGUGAUUUUAUAAGUACUCAGUUCAUGUUUGCAAAAAGUGUAACAAAAAUAAUUCAAAAUAAAUUUAUUAAGAAUUUUA